CGACACGCUUCCUCUCCUCGCUCGCACACGACUUGCCGAGUACGCGCGCGAUUAUCCGGUCGUCGUUUUGCGGUGGUCGGUUCUUUUAUUUAUUGUUGCGGUGGUUGGUUAUGUGACUUCGGUUCGGUGCCGAAGGCGAAGAGAUGGAGGCUAAGGUCGAUCCUUUGGCAUCGCCCUACGUCAACCUCAACAAAUUUCAAGGAGAUGAGGGCAAAGUGGUGGACGUGGACGUGGGGGGUGGCGUGGUGCUGCAGCAGCAGUGGGUGACGAUGACGGCGAGCAUGUGGCCGGAGCCUACGAGCCCAUCGACGUCCCGCGGGUGGCGGCUGAGCGUGACGGGGGACCGUCUACCCCUUUUGGCGGCCGUCUUUUGCGGCGCCGCCCUCGUCGUCUGCCUCCUGGCCGCCUUCCUGCUCUACAGGUGCUGCGUGAUGCCGCGCAGGGAGAAACACUACUGUGAGUGUCUGAGAAAGGUGGAUGGUGGCGGAUCGGGCACUCAAGUGCCCAGCAACGUUGUGUCGCCCGGCUACCAGAAUCAGGCAGCAGUUUUUGCCGAGCACAAAGGCUCCGGCUGGGGCUACAGCAACAGAUUGGUGGCGCCCGCCCCCGUAAGUCCCUGGUACGUCAACAAGGUCAUUGGAGGACCCCAUUGCACCCAGUGUCCAGGAAUAUGUCCCGUUCCGAGGAGCACCAGCCAUCCAGGAUCCAGCACUCAAAUUCACUCGACUACGACGGUUGCCAACACUUCUUCCACAAGGAAACCCAGACCGGUAAGCCAGCCGAUACCCACUCACAUCCAGGCCAACGGUGAAAUAGUGCCGAAGAGUCCGCUGCCGGAAAUCUCGGAGUUCUCGCCGCAAGGUGCACAAUACGCUUCCAGCAGCAUUUUAGACGAGGUCGGGGUGAAAGACGAGGACACAAUGGGCGAACCCACGCUCAAAACGAGGAGCCUGCCCGCCUGGGUCAGAUCCAAGCCGAGACCUUUGUCCACCGAGGACGACCUUAACGACCUAUACGCUAAGGUGAACUUCAGUAAGAAGCGAAAAAACAGGAUGAGAAACGACGAGGCCGCAAUCAUAGCCCUGAGCAAAUCCAGAAGCCAGUUCCUGCACAAAGACACCGACUCGUUGGUCGACAACGAAGCUGUUAUUGUGUACGACGAACGUACCGCAUUGUAGACGAAUUUUACUGCGCAUACAUAAUAUAUUUCAGAUAUGUUUUUUUAUCAAGGUAUCCGUACUUCCCCGGUGUGGCUGGGUCGCAAAGUUUUGCGUAUCAAAUUGCUCGUAUCUGAGUGGGUCAAUGGGUCGACUGAUUUUCCGAGGUGCCUGGGUUAUUUUUGUAGUUUUAGGGACGGCAAUUUGAUAAGGUAAAAAUGGCAGAAAAUCAAACUUUGCGACUGGUCGCACCGACUGAAACGAUUUAACAAGGACUUUUUCGACAACGAAGUAGUUGUAAUUGAUUUCAAGUCGAAAUUGUCUGGAUGAAGAGAUGAAUUUUUGACUGUUAGAAUCUUUGUCCUCUUCGAAUUCCCUCGUAUAUUACUAAUGUAAAAAACAUAUCGUAACCCCAAAGACUUGUUGAGACGACAAAUAAGUUUUGUAGUACUAAAGUAUAAAUUAAUCUAAUGAAUAUAUUUUUCUGUGAUAAAAUUCUUAAUAUAAUGUAGUUUCAAUUGGAUUAAGUAGGAAGAUUUUUUGUAACCUCUAAGACUGGUCAUAUAAUUCAAUAUUUAAAUGUAAUAGGUGUAAUAAUGGUAUACAAUAAUUUCUUGAUCCAUUUUAGAAAACAAAUCAAUAGACUAUGUAACAUGCACAAAAGUAUUUAGUCUCCCUCUUUUAUAACUAAAGGUAUUAAUUAAUAAAUUGCACGAAUAUA